AUGGCAGUGAAGGUAUUGCAAACUGACCUUUUUGAAGAAGUUGGAUUAGAAGGAAUUAUAUUGUAACUUUUAAACAAUAGAUGGGUAUUUUUUAAAAACAAAUUUAGAGAGUGAAAUUUAACUGCACUACCUAUAAUCACUAAGGGAUUUGAUUUUAGUUAUUAACUUUACUCAAAGAGAAAGAGAACAUUAUUGCUUGCAUACAAUCACCACCUGUUUUUGUAGACAGGAGGAAAAGUGCUCAAAAUUAACAUAGAUAAAUCUAAUACAUCUAAACUUUCAAACCUUAAUAUUUAGAGGGUAACUUUAUCAAAAAAGAAAAACAUUUUAAAGAAGUAAUUGAUAUUCUAAUUGAAAAUAAUGAUAAUGGAUCAUUCAAUUAUUUUAUAGCCCCAAAUAUAAGAAAUCAAGUAUAGAUAGAUCGUUAUCUAAACUAGAUUAAACAUCCUUUAUUUAUGGAUUUUAAAUUUUCUAAAUGUUUAUAUAUAUACAUAAUUGUCUUUUAAUCAAAUAACAAUAGAAUCAGAAAGAAGGGAUUAUUUUUUUCAAAUUUAGAUUAAAAAUCAUUAACUUAAUUGUUUGGAUAAAGUAAGUUAAUUGUUAUUAAAAGAAAAUUUCUUGAUGAAACAUAAUUUGAAAACUUGAAAUCUCUUCACAAGAUUAUUCUUUAAUCUAUAAUUAAUUAUUACAAAUGA